CGUAGGCAGGGCGAAAUUUGAACGUCUUUUCCGAGCUGCCGUUGUGAAGACGGGAAAUAAAGCGACAGACAGAAACAAACACUGGAUCUAUAUGGCGACGUUUAGACUUUUAAAGGCGCAUUAUUUUGUUUUAUAAAAUGAUGUUUAGGCGCAGCAGAGCCGGGACAUUUGAUAUGAGAGGUGUUUGGUGACUUUGAUCGGUUGUUUUUAUUGAAAUGUGUCAGGCGGAACCGCGAAGAAAAAUAAGCUAACCAUCAGAGUUUGUGUAUUAAACAUCCGUAACGUGUUAUUUUUAAACCUAAAGCACCUUUUUAGCCUAUAAGCCUCAUAUUUCGAGUCGUUUUAAAGGUUUUUAGACGUCAUCAUGAAGGUUUUGGAGAGAAAUGUGGUUCGUCUGGCCGUCGUUCAGCAUCUUCGGUCCGUUUAUGGAAUAAAAAUUAAAAACUGGAACAAAAACAGAAAUAAACAGACUUCAGCGAACACGGUGAGGGUGUUUGGGGUUGCGCUGGAAGGUCUGCCACACUGUCAUGUGUUAGACUACGGAGACGUACCCUGCUUUGUCGUAGAUGCCUGUACGAGCCUCAUGGGUCAUUUGGACACAGAAGGCCUCUUCAGAAAGUCCGGCUCAGUCGUGCGGGUCAAGAGCCUCAGGGCCAAACUGGACCAGGGUGAGGACUGUCUGCCCACUGCUCUCCCGCUGGACAUCGCUGGACUUCUCAAACAGUUUUUCAGGGAGCUUCCUGAGCCGGUUCUUUCCGUAGACCUGCACAGUGCUUUCCUGAAGGCCCAGGAGCUGCCCACGGAGGAGGAGAGGACCUCGGCCACAGUCCUGCUGUCCUGCGUGCUGCCCGACAGGAACUUAAACACGCUGCGUUACUUCUUCAGUUUCCUGAAGACCGUCUCUCAGCGAUGCGCUGAGAAUAAGAUGGACAGCAGUAAUCUCUCGGUCAUCUUUGCACCGAAUCUCUUCCACUGUGGAGACGGAGGAGAGAAAAUGAGCAGCAGCACAGAGAAGAGACUCAAGCAUCAGGCAGCGGCGGUGCAGAGUCUCAUAGAUAACGCUCAACACCUGGGUGUGGUUCCUCAGUUCCUGAUGGAGAAGGUUCCAGCCAUGUUGGGAUGUGAUGCUGGCGUGUUUUCUCCAUCUUCUGUGUCUCUAGAGGAAAGCAACGCUCACUCAGACCUGAAGAAAAGCAACAGACGCAGUUUAGGAGAUGUGGUAAAUGGAGCUCUGAAUAGGUUUAAAACAGGUAGAACCCCAACAAAUACCCCUCAGUCUGAUGGAGCAGUUUUCUCCAUGGCCACUCCUGUCAUCAUAACUCCGAACUCCAAGCGUAAACUGCCGCAGGAGUCGGCACACACUCACGGGUUCUCCAACAAGAAGCGCAGGUCUAUCAAGAAGAACCUCGGCCUGGAGCUGUUCCCAAACGCUUUGUUUGGAGGAGCAUCUACGCCUGGAUCAGCUCACAGUGCGGCGGGAGCUCUGGACUCGUCUCACAACGGUUUACUGUCUUCUGUGGGCAGAAACUCUCGUCUGUCCACCAGUUCUGCCCGGAGAAAGAGCAGACGACUGAGAGACCACAGCGUGAGCAGAGUCGAAUCAGGGAAGGCAGGCUGUUUCUCUCCCAGAGUCGCCAAGAAAGAGCCUGUGAGGAAAUCUCUCCGUCUGCGCUUCAGUCUGGGCAAAUCCAGCCGCGAGUCUAACAUCAUUACACAUUCACAACUGGGGCCAAAGAGGUCAGAGGUCAUAGGUUGGCGCCUAGCAACACAAGAGAGCUGUACUGGUUUUCACUUCACCAAGGAGUUUAAUCUGGCUGUUUUGAACAAGAGCCCCUCAAAAGGCUCCAAGUUCAUCAGUAAAUCCGAGGAUAACCUGAUGACCCCACAGUGUGACUCAGCGGACCACAGGAGCGUGUGGAGCGGAGACACUCCUGAUGUUGGCCUGAAUUUCCCAACAGAUUCAUUCUCUGAGACGCCCGUGAGCAGCUGUCGCUCCGAGCCCGCGCUCGACGUGUGCAAACCUCUGAUGGCCAGCAGUAUUCCCAAGAUCCUCUGUGACGGCUUGGAUUCGUUCAGUGAAGAACGCUCUAACACUGGACCCACGCUACUGAAAAUCAAACAAGCUUUCGGUGAGUCUGGCAGUGACCUUCACAGCAUCAUUCAACAGCAGACCCACGACAAACCACAGGACAACCUUGGUUCAAACUCUGAAGCGGUUUCUUCUGAUGUGGCUUUGCCCUCGGAAACCGCACACAAAUCAGUGUCUGAAUCUGAGCACAAUGUGACAUUCGGACAAAUCGAGAUUGCUCCUUUGUCGCCUCUACAUAUAGACAGCACUCUGUUUGACAGUGGACCGACACGGUUUGGGGAGACCAGUCUUAACGGGUCUCUUUGGCUGGAAAAUGAAAGCAGGGAUUUCCUAAAAGAGGCCACUGGAUGUUCUGCGGACUGCAGUCAAUUGGUUGAUGCUUUGGACAUCCAAAGUCCUGUGGCUUUCCGACUGGACACUUCCAAUAGGGUCCAAUCGACUCCAUAUGCAGCAAGAACGCAAACGAAUGCCAACGCGUCUCUACCAAGUGAGUCAUUAUUGGUAAAUAAGAGCGAAGCAGACAACUCGCAGAACCAUCCUAACGCUAGUGAAAUGCGCCGAAUGAAAGUUGCCGAGCAGAUUAAACUGUUCAACAUGAUGACGCUGAAUUCUCCCAAAGCCAAAGUGGUCCGAUCUCCUCUGAAGUUCCAGCGCACGCCGGUCCGACAGUCCGUGAGGAGGUUAAACUCUUUGGUUGGAAGCCGGAAGGACGUCAGGAUGGGUUGGUGUGCCGCCAGUCCGAUGAAGGCUGUGAGUUUAGAGAGCGCUUUGCACUCAAUCCAACAGCCAACGUUUGCAAAACCCAAACCUCCAGUUCCUCCCAAGAAUCCAGUCAAAAAUGUUGCGCUGGAAGACGUUACCAAUAAGGCACCAAAGACGAAAUGCAACACACCCUCAGCCAAUAAGAAUGCCGCGGAUGAACAUCCCAAGUCUGUCCUGCUUCAAGUGUCUGAAAACGAUAACAGUCGCUAUAGAGGUUCACCCAAAAACCCUCUCGCGGAGGUAAAACUGAUGUCAGCGUUGAAACCCAUUGAUCUAUAAGACAUUAAACACUUUCUGCAGACGUAUAUAUUCAGGGGUCUUAAUUUAUUUCGCUAGAGUGAGUUUGAUCGGUGAAUGGUGCGGUCAGUGUUUUUACAUAACGGAAUGAUCAAAACAAUUUCCUUAUCAGUUAUGGUUUGGAUUUCAGGGUCGCUUUGGUUUGAAAGUAAAACCAUCCUGUAAUUUUAUAUCGCGAACUGAAAUCCAUAAUUGCACUCUGGGUUGCUGAAAUAUACUGAUCUUGUUUGAGUGUUUUGCUGUAAGUGAAAAGACGAGUCGAUGAAAGUGUGAAGAGUGAUGUUCAUGAAAGAAUAGAUCAUAAUUGUAUUUAGAGUGAAAAUGGAUGCUUGGAAUUGGAUGGUUUUGGGAAGGUGUCUUAUUUACCUUUUAUUUAUAUUUUAUGCAAAAACUUGAUUUUCAUUUGUAAGGUCUUAAAGAUGGUGUAACUCAAGGAAAUGUAUGUGAUGUUAAGCAGUAUUAUGGUCUUAUGUGAAAUCCUCAAUGCUGUUAUUUUCCACUCAUGUUUAUGAAGAUGUUUUGCUUUUGUGCAAGAAGUUGUCAAACUAAACUCUUUGUGUUCAACUGAUGUUUUGAAGUUCCUUUCUUCACCACCUGGUGGCGCACUUUGUUCAACAGGGCAGUGGUUCAGUAUUAAAGUUCAUUGGUCUUACAUCA